CAGAAAGUUACCGUUUAUUCUUUUAUUAAUAAUAAAAUAUUUAAUACAAACAGUUAUGUCUGCUAAUCAAGAAGAACCAACAGCUGUUAUUUUCGAUGCAACAGAGGAAAGUAAUUUAUUAAACACAGAACGUAACGAUUCUUUUGAACUAAGUGACGAUGAUCAACAAUCGUUUAUACAAGCAAGUGAACGGCAAAGCGAAAUUUUUGAUUUCGAUGAUCAUCUAAUACCGUUAAGUUUAACGGAAACACAAAGACGUCCCGCAACUUUAGAGAAAGAAGUAACAUUCUUUAAUGGACUAACUUUAGUGGUUGGUUUGAUGAUCGGAUCUGGGAUUUUUGCAUCACCUGGCCCAGUUGCAUUACAUGCGGGUUCAGUUGGAAUGUCAUUAGUUGUAUGGAUAAUUUGUGGGCUUCUAGCCUGCACUGGAGCACUUUCAUACGCGGAAUUAGGAUCUGAAAUUCCAUUAUCUGGUGGUGAACAUGCAUAUUUAAAUCAUGCAUAUGGAAGUUUACCUGCUUUCUUAUAUAGUUGGACGGCCAUAACCUGUUUAAAGCCAGGAGGUAAUGCAAUUAUUGCUGUGAUUUUUGCAGAAUAUAUAAAUCGUAUGAUUUAUUAUUCAAUUUUUAACGAUGAUGCAGAACAUCUUUCAGAUAUAACUCAUCUCUGGCUAAAUAAAAUAGUGGCAUCUUUAUGCAUAAUCAUUAUCUCUUUUAUAAAUGCAUAUAGUGUUCGUUUAGCCACUAGAACGCAAGAUAUAUUUACAGCCUUGAAAUUGAUCACUUUAGCGGUUAUUGCUAUAAUAGGAUUUAUUGUGUUGGGUAAAGGUGGGCUUACAAAAAAUUUUGAUGGGGAUAUAUUUGAAGGUAGCUCAACAAGAAGUAGUGACUAUGCAUUAGCCUUUUAUUCAGGUCUUUGGGCAUACGACGGAUGGAACAAUGUAAAUUAUGUUGCUGGAGAAAUGAAAAAUCCUGCUCGAGAUCUUCCACGAGUGAUCAUGGUUGGUUUACCAAUUGUGAUUGUAUGUUAUACUUUAGCAAAUGUCGCUUACUAUGCUGUAUUGCCAUCAUCUAUUGUUGUCAAGACUAAUGCUAUAGCGUUAGAAUUUGGUAGGAAAAUUUUUGGGCAUGUAGGGGGUAUUGUUUUUGCUCUUUGCGUUGCUGCUAGUUGUUUUGGUGCAGCAAAUGGAAGUAUUUUCACAGGAUCAAGGUUGAUUUAUGUUGCUGGUCGCGAGGGUUAUUUACCUACUUUCUUUGGAAAAGUUCACGGAACUUGGAAUACUCCUACUGCAGCAUUGGUUAUGCAAGCAGGAUUGACCAUAGCAAUGAUUAUUCCAGGAACAUUUAUGACAUUAUUGAAUUUCGUUUCUGUUGCUGCAUGGAUAUUUUAUUUCCUUACAACGUUCGGAUUAUUAUUAUUAAGAUGGAGAGAGCCUAAUUUAAAAAGACCGUACAAAGUUUGGCUUACCACACCUAUUAUAUUUGGCUGUGUUGCUAUAUUUUUAAUCAUAAUGCCUUUCGCACGUGUUCCGUUGCAAUCACUUGCAGCAGUUGGAUUUAUCCUUGCCGGAAUACCAUUUUGGUAUAUAAGAGUAAAAUGCAAGGAAACAUUUUCGAUUAAAGCAAUAAAGAAUCGUUAUUCCAACUUAAAUUUAAAUAUUAAGAAUUGGAAAUUUCGACAAGGAUAUCAAAAACAGGAUACGAUGGAAAUGGAAAUGCAUUAAAUAAUCUAAUAUUUAUUUAUAAUUAAUCUUAUUGUUAAAUUAUCACUCUCCUGUAAUAUAUUACACUUAAUCGAGAUUGAGGUUUUUGUUAUUAUUUGGAUAAGAGCUACAUGUAAUGUAAGUUCGCUGUACAAACAUCUUCUAGCAUUAAUAUGGUGUUAAAAUUACACA